AUGAGAGGCUAUCAUGGGUGUUCUCUGGCCGUAGGGUCGUUUUUGGCAUGGAUUGCCUUGUGUUCGGCAUACACUGUGGACAUAGAACGAAAAGAGGUCUGGAGACAGCCUGGAAAAGUUCAACGGCACAUGCGCGGGAUCUGCCACUUUCAUGUUCUAGAGUUGCAGAGGCAAGGGAAAUGGUGGAUGAAUGUCAGUUUGGACAAACCAACUCAUGGUUUUCAGUCGUGGAUUAUGAAGACAGUCCAAGUCUUGGAUGAAGGCCGACUCUACCGUUUGCGCAGCAACUACGAGUACCACCCUCGUAACGUGUCUGUAGAAUUUAUUAUUGACUUUUAUGGUGCACCACCAAAGGGCGUCUGCAAUAGCAACAUCAAGGACCCUAAUCCGCCGCCGCCUCCCACAGUCCCAGCUUUCGUUCCCCCAAAGAAAUGCCCCAAGGCCCAGGAACCCGGAUUGACGUCAUCUAUACAGAAGGAAUCCGUGUGGAACGCUGGCGUCACCAAAACUAUGACUGCGUUUUGUGAUUUUGAAUUUGCUAAGGACCUCAAGAAAUACUGCAUCACUGUCGACUUCGACCAACAAACAUCGGCAUUUUCCGCUUGGUUUACCAAGACUGUUUACUCAGAUCCAGAUGGUUUGACAUAUACUACAAGGAACCGAUUUAAUGGAAGACAUCCCUGGAUCGCCUACGCACCUGGGAUCCAGUUCAAAUUCCAGAUGAGCUUUAGGAACAGUGUACCUAACGGCAACUGUACUAUAUAUACAUGGGACUGAAACAUUUAAGUGUCUGGGAAU